AUUGCAGGAACCGGACACAACAAACUUGCGGUGGGGAACCAUCAAUCACGUACACAUGCACCCUCAGUAUGUUGCCCUCUGUGCCGGAUGAAGCGCAAUGAUCGAAAGAUAAUUAUUUUCCAUCUGUGCUGUGUAAGCGGACUGUAGGAUAUGAUUUGUUGUAAUCGUGCUGACCAUCACGUUUUACGGUUCGUUGAGUCUAGUACAGUGCGGGGCAUCAACUCAAUGCUUUCAAUUAGUCAAGUGUGAGAAUGGUAGAACAACAGAAUAAACAAUUUCAAAAUAUUCCUUUGUUACCUCAUUUCAGGUGUAUCGGCGUGUGUUUCCUUUCCGAAAUGUUGUUCCGAAAAUCUGUCGCCCCUACUCGAAUGCACUACAUGCAGUACUUUUGCCUUCUUUUAUCUGCACGACUUUACGCUCUACAUAUCUUUUUCGUCAAAUGAACAAAGGUUACAAAGGUCUCAAGGCAGCGUCUCCCAAAAACUGUAAACUCACUACCAUCUGUAUCAACAUUUCAGUCGCGAAAUUCGCUCAAAACAUUUGUUAUGUAAACCCCUUUGCUGAUAACACCACCAGCCCGUAUUUCGCGGGGGGGAUUCAACCUAAUCGGGUGACUGGGUACUACUGCAGUUUGCAUCGUAUCUGUAAUCCAAUACACCGAUAAGCGGCCAGAUCCCAAUUCGAGUACUUAAAUCGUGCCAAUCGACCGACCGGCUCUACUUUCGCUGGCGUCUUUCUGACUCCGUGUUCCUUGUUUGUGAUACCCGAUUGUCUCGUUGUGUUUGACGAUAUUUCCAAAAUGCCUGGUCCGUUUGAGAUCGAUCGUUCGCCACCGAGCGCUGAGUUGCUGGAGGUAGCCAAACAGGAGCUUCGGGAGACACCGGAAGUCCGUGCUGCCGCCAUUGAGGAGCUGCGCAAGCUGCUUAAGGCGAGCGACCUAAACUUCCCGGACGACGAGGAGUUCUUGCUGAUUUACCUACGUCCAACGAAGUUCUAUCCCGAAAGUGCACUGAAGUUGAUGCGCAAUGUAGCCGAGUUUAACAAGAACUACAAGGAUCUGCUGCACAAUUUGAUGCCGGUGGAUGUGAAGCCAGUGUUCGUCGAUCAUGGGCUGAUCAACAUUUUCACUAGCCGGGAUCAGAAGGGUCGCCGCCUGAUGGUGGUGCAUAUGGGCGAAAAGUGGAACACAAAGGAGGUGACCGAAGAUCAAAUCUUCCGGGCGCUCUAUACCAUCCAGAAGCUGGCCGUCCUCGAGCCGGCGACUCAGAUCAACGGGGCGGUCGUAAUCUACGACUUCAAGGGCAUGGGCAUGGGUCACGUGAAGGCUAUGUCGACGAGCGGUGCCAAGCGUCUGCUGACGUUCAUCCAGGAGGCUUGUCCGUUGCGCAUGAAGGCUGUCCACUUCGUUAACGAGCCGAUGAUUUUCAAUAUGGUGUGGUCGCUGUUCAAGCCUUUCGUGAAGGAGAAGCUGAACAAGCGUAUGUUCUUCCACGGUGAGAAGAUGGCUAAGCUGCACGAACACAUCCCCAAGGAGUACCUGCCAUCCAACUACGGAGGAACUCUCCCGGCGCUGGAUUACGGUGGCAAGGAAUGGUACCCGGUUGCUGAGCAGUUCACCGACUUCAUCACAAAAUGGAACACGUGCGGUUUCAAAUAGAGACCUAGUCAUUUCAUCAAUUCUAUUCAACCCUUAUGUCCAUUUCAAAAGAUUAUAAUAAUUACUUAAAAAUGAAACAAAAACAUCUCAUGCCUUGUUGUUUUACUGUUCCCAUGCUUCCAUAUCACCGUUGACCUUUGUUCGAGAAGGCGGUUUAAUCCUUCUCGAUCAAUUACGAUAAGAUUAAGCUGGAGUAUGUUUUAUGUGUGGGG